AUGAACCCUCUGGACAAGUCAUACUUUGAAGAUGAUGAUGAUGACGAUGACAAUAUCGGAGAUGAUGACGAGUUGAUAGAGAAUGACGAUGAAGAAGUGUUUAAUGAAGAUGAUGAUGAUGUAAAUGAGGAUGAAGAGGAUGAUGAUGACGAUGAUGAUGAUGACGAUGAUGAAGAUGACGAUGACAAUCAAUUGGACCUGUCAUAUCUCGAAGAGAUCGAUGCAUCAUUCAGCAAACUGUUCCAGACAUCAUCAGUGACAUACAAGUGCCCCUAUUGCAACCAGGAUGGCUUGGUGGAGGCCGCCCUGAUCGAUCACUGCACACGUCAACAUCAGCACGACAGGAAGCAGGUUGUCUGUCCAAUCUGUGCCAUUCGUCCAGGUGGCGACCCUAACUAUGUCAGCAAAGGAUUCAUCGGACAUCUCAGUCUGAGACACUCGCGGCCCUCUGCACACCUGCCCAGUCUCGACCUGUUGUCCUCACUGGUCGGCUCAUCAUAUCCCAACAUAAAGGCACUGAAGCAGCAGAUGGAGGUCGAGCGUCAGGCUGCGGGCAAGAGUCCCACCAGACAAUCAUACUCGGCCCAAUUCGAUCCGUCGUCAAUCUUCUCACUGCUGCAACACCCCGCCGUACUGGGAGCGGGCGGUGGCAAUGGCGCGGGCGGAGGCAGCAGCAGUAGCAGCGCGACCAACAAGAUCAUAGACUCAUUCGCUGGCAUCAACUUUGCCGAUUUCAAUCUAAAGGAUAGCGCGCUGUCCAAGGCCAUUGCCAACGGCUCGCUCAUCAACAGCAUUAGCAACGGCAACAUUGCCAGCAACUCUAAAUCCAGCGACAGCAGCAGCAGCAGUGCCGGUAGCGGCGUCAUUGCUCUGCAGCAACACCUCCUCAAGCAGCAGCAAUUGAUGCAGCAGCAGCAACAGCAGCAGCAGCAAGACUCACCUGUAAAGAUAAAGAAACCCCAGCUCGACGACAUCAAGCCGACAGCGACCACCGAAGAACAAGAGCGCACCAAGAAAGAGAACGUAUUGAAGAGUGUAUUUGUACAGGACCUGCUCUACUCGGCCAUUUUCUCAUGA